AUGGCGACCGAUGGAGGAGACGGCGCCGAGGAGAGUCUCUGCCUAGAGGCCCUCUGGUGCCUCCAGCUGCAAGUUCAUCGCGAGCUCGUCCGCCAUCUCAGCGCUCGCCGCGCGUCUGGGGGACGCGCCUCGCGGGCCUCCGCCGUCAAGCGUGCAGAGCCGCGCCUCGCAGGUGACGAGGCGAGCAGAGAGAGCGGCUCUGCAGACAGAAGGGGGGGCAACGGAGACGCGGAGAGUGACGGCGACGCCUCCUCUGGGGGGACCCCGAGAAGGAACAGCGAGAGGCGGCUUACGGGCAUCUGCGGCGGCCUGAGUCUCAGCCCCAACAAGGGUUUAGGGUUGAGGGUCAGGGCCGGCAGCUCGAGAGGAGAGGGCAGUGAAAGUGGGGAGUCGCGCAGCGGCGACAAGGAGUUUGCGCUGUCUCCUGAGAGGAUGCGGAGACCGGAGACGCCUGCGUCUGCACGGAGGGAGAAGGCCGCGGAUCGCGCGCGCUUCACCGCCUCUGGGUCGGCGCGGUCGCUCUCGGCGAGAGGUGCGAGCGCCGGCUGCCCGAACUGCAGGCAUCUGCGGCGCGAACUGUACCGACAGCAGGUUCGCCGCGCGUGCGUGGAGACGGAGAGCAAGGAGCUCCUCCAGCGCUUAGCCAGACGCGUCCGCGACGCGCGAAGCCACGUGCGAAACGUGGAGACUGCUCGCGCCGAAGAGCAAGCAGCGCUGACCCGCGAUCUGCGAGAGAAGGAGAAGGAAGUCGCUGGUCUCAAGGACCUCCUGGCUCGCGCUCUGCAGCGCGGCGACGAAGCUCUCGCUCUUCUCCGGUCGACUCAGGGCGUCUCCUCAGCCAAGCACGCCGUCCGCCAGAAGGACGUCCCAGCCGAGAAGACUUGCGCGGUCAUGGGGCUUGCAGAGGCGGCCUCGGAGCCCUCGCUGGCGGGACCCUCCACGCAGCCAGAGACCUCUACGCGAAUGCCGCAUGCGCACUUCGAGGCGCGGCUCCUGCGUCUCGAGCAGCAGCUCGCUGAGCAGCAGCAGCAGCAGAGUAGGAAGGACUGGCGCGCUUCAUCUCAAGCGCAGUCGGCGCCUGGCCCUGUCGAGUUGACAGAAGGCACUGCGGAGUGCGAGUCUUCGGCGCGAAGGAGGGCAUCGGGGGAUAUCGAGGUGAACGUCAGCGAAGGCCACGCAUGUCUGCAGAAACGGCGGGCCUCCUCUCCUGAAGGGCCAGACGGCGUCGCGUACACCGCGCCUGCGCGGGGGGCGGUGGCUGGGAGCCCGCUGCAGCGGGCAGCUCUCAGGGAUCCGAGCGCGCAAGCUCCCUGCUCUCCGCACGGCCUGACAGGGGCCCCGGACCUGUCCCCCGCGUCCAAUGUUCUCCGGCCUGGCUCGGCCGCACCUGGGGUUGGUAGGCCUUCCUCUGCCGUGGUGGCGGCCGCUCAGACGGCGCUGCAGGGGGGGGCAGGACAGAUCGAGGCGAGCCCUGCGCUGUUGACGGUCUCGUCGGAGCUGCAGCAGCAGAUGCUGCGUCAGGAACGGUCUGUCGUGCCGAGCGCGUCUGAGACAUUUUUUCAUCUUGAGCGCAGCCGGCCAAUUCUCGCGUGCGCGCCCGCGUCGUGGGAGAAUGCGCAAGGCGGCCAUCGGGGCGGCGCAGCGCGUGUCGCGCUGUGGCCUUCUGAAGGUGGGGAUCCACAGCUGGUUGACGAGGCUGCGCUGCGGACCGCCAGCACGCAGGGUCUCCAUCGCGAGAGCUGGUGCGGAGCCUACACCAUCAGGCAUUCGUACUCGCUGCUUUCGCAAGCUGGAGUGGCGCGCGGCCAGGCGCCAUCCAGGGGGGCUUCGCCGCGGUUCUCUGCUGCACAGUCGUUCACCCCUCGGAGUGUCUCAGGACUGUCUGCUGGAUCGCCUCCCCACCCCGCCUUUUUCUUUGCCUCCGUCGCAGGCGGCGCGAGUAGCUGCACGCGAGGCUCUCCAGUGGCGCGGCGUCUCGGAGGGCAGACGGGGGCUGGAACAGGCGAGCCGCAUCCGCCGCCCCUGUGGGGAAAUUUUCUCCUCCGUGGCGCUGCGUCAGCCUCUGAUGUUCCUUCCCAGACGCGGAGCCGCAGCAUGACCGACAGGAGCCGAGGCGCGGACUGCAGUGGAGUUCCGGCGGUGCCGCAGUUGGGGUACUUGCACCAGACUCUACUUGGGCCUUCCCGCCGCGACCUUCCGUUCCCCGAGGCCUUGGCUGGCCCCCCUCAUGCGCUGCGGGCAGAAGUUCCUCGGCAGGUUUCGCCUGAGUCUAGAUUGCCAGACGUCUCUACGGCGUGCCUCUUUCACUGUGCCAUGGGGAGCUCGAGGCGCGCGGAGGGCCACCGCGUGGCGCAUGAGCAACAGCCUCAAGUGGCGCUACCAGAGGGCGUGCUGUCUCUUUCGGACCAGCUCCGCUUGCACGCCGUGGAAAUCGAAAGUCUCAAAACCAGCGCUGCGGGAAUUCUCUGCAGGCCCCCGGAACCACGACGGGCCUCAGCGGGGAAUGACUGGCUGGCUUCCGCGCGCGUCGCCGGUGACCCCUUUAUCCACUCCGAAUGCGAGGUUGACAAAGCGAGAAAGAGUCAGGCAGAUCCCGAACGAAUACCCGCAAAAGCGACGCCUGUGGCAGACGCCGCUCUCCCAGCCGGCGGCCCGAGGCCUCAGCUGUCAUCCCCUCCUGUCUCCGGCGUGCAGGCUGCAGACCCGAUAAGCUACGGGGCCGAAGCGAUUCUUCACAGGAGAGAACGGAGACCCGCGGCCCGCGAACUACCGGAUGAUGCGUUUUUGGAAUUGAGCAGCAUGAGCAGUGAGGCUGGGGAAGCGAUAUGCGAAGAUCUGUAA